UUUUUUUGUUGUGAUCGUUUUAUACACACUUGUGUUUAAAUAGAAGAGUUAAAUACAAUAACAAUAAAUAAAUGAUAGUUAUUAAUCAUUUCUUGUUUUUAUCAUAGAUGCGAUAUUGGAAAACCAGGUACUGGUCCUUGCUCAGGAUGUCAAAAACACAAUAAAGUAUGCGAAUUUACCACUACAACCAUUAUACCAACUAUAGCAACAACAUCAGUAACGGCAACUACAACUAAUAUAAAAGCGGCAAAAUCAUCGUCAUUGUCAUCAUCAACAACAACAGCAACAUCAUCAUCAUCAUCAUCACCAGUAGCAGUUGCAGUUGCAGCAACAACAACAACGACAAUCACCACUAUUCUACCUCCAAAAAAAGAAACAACAUCAUCAUCUUUAUCAUUUACUUUCUGUACACAAGGCGAUCAGUCAUCAUUCGAAAAAAGGAAAAGGCGUCAAUACCAAAAACGACAACCAUAUCAACAUCAAUCACGCAUGGGGAGUCAAUCAUCAGACAAAAGUACGCCGUCUUUUUCAAGACAAGCCGAAAAAAAAUGUAAUUGGACAUCACAUCAACUCACUUUUUUGCCGUUUACUGUUCCUAUGGAAACCAAGAAUAUUCAUCAACAGACCAAUAAAAAUCAUCCUUCUUCUAUCAAACAACAAUCUUGUGACGCUGCACAUCAACGCUUGUAUUUGGAUCUCCCUGUUUUGUGCGUCCAACAAGAAAAUCAUCCCACUAUAUCACCAAUACCGACAACUCCUCCGACUUUACUAUUAUCACAUUCAUCUUGUUCUUCGACUACCACUACCCCUUCUCCUCCUUUAUAUGUUGAUCAUACGUCCGACGCCACUUUUCCAUGGAAUCCAUCUAUCUCUUCACCUUCAUGCCCAAAUUUGGAUAAUCAUAUGCAAUCUCUCUCUUCAUUGGAUGUCAAUAAAAAUGAACACAACUCAUCAUUAUCAACAAAUGCCAUCCAUCUUAUUACACCAACAACAAGAAUAACACCAUCGUUAUCAUUAUCAUCGUCAUCGUCAUCUUCAUCGUCUUCAACAUCAUCAACAUCAACAUCAGUAUCAAAUUCAUUAAAGUUUACAACUUCCAUUCCUACCAUAUCAACUUGUUUGGAAAAUGAUCUUUUCAAUGUUUAUAUUCAGUAUAUUCAUCCAUCCUAUCCUAUGUUAUCAACCUAUAUGUUAAAGCAUCGACAACAACUUGCUUCUUCCCUACGGUAUUCUAUUUUGGCAUGGUCACUACUUUUUCAACAACAACAACAACAACAACAACAACAACAACAACAACAACAAAAAACAACGGAUCUGGCACAUGAUUGUUAUCUAAAAGCCUUGAAUUUGGUACAAUCACAUGGUAACGAUCUUUCUUCAGCUCAAACUUUAUUCAUCUUGUACAAAUAUCACGAAGCAAGAGGAAAACCGGAUGAACAGUUAUUGGACUAUGCUCAAAUGAUUCUCAAUCAUCUAAGAUGCUACACAAAUGACGAUGAUGAUGAUGAUACUACUCAACACAUGGAUGAAUGGGUAUGUCGAUUACAAUGGCUUAUAUAUCUUCAUCAAUUCCACGCAUCGACUUUGGAGACUGCUUGGAGAGACCCACCGGUGAUACGCUUACCUUGUCUACUGCCAUCUGAACAACUUGAUGCCGCACAAGUACACAUCAUUGGCCAACUUUUGGAAGCAAUCAACCUGGUGACUGUUUACAAUUCGGCAAUGCAAACUCUCGCGGAAGAUCCAUGGACUCAGUAGCCACAUCGUCAAAUAGACAUUAUCAGCUUCCAACAAAUUAUCAUCAUUUCUAUCAGCCCGUUACACCAACAUCAAGAAUCAAAAAUUGGACGAUAAUACCAGCUUUUUUUUGUCAUGAUGAUCAUUUAUAUAUGUUUUCCUUCCCUUUGUCAUAUCUUACCUUAUCCCCUUUAUGUCUUUUUUUUUUU